AUGUCGGGCUAUGAAACAGCAGUUCGCGGGACUCUGAGGCUGAAGCGGCACAGCGAAGCCGUGGCGGCUGACGAGAAGAAACGCCGGAAAAAGAAGAAAAAUAAGGCGAACAAUGAAGAGGAAACAGGACCAGCAGUAGCUGAUCUGCCCCCAGAGCUCGCAAAUGACCCCGAAGCUGUUGCUGCAGCAGCAGCCAUCCAGGAGGGCAAGAAGCCUGCAGACGCACUCCUGAGUGCCAAAGACAGUGCAGCAGCAGGAGCAGCAGACGCCGGAUCAGAAGCUGCUGCUCCCCCUGAAGACGCAUCCGCAGCUGCACAAACUUCUGCACAAGACGAGGGAGAAGAAGGAUUGAAAACAAGGACAGACAGCCGCAGUCGCAGCAGAGAUCCAUCCAGACCCUCAGACGCGGCGGAUGACUUGGAGGCCUUUAUAGCCGAGAUGAACCCGCGCUGGACUCCGGCGGAAAGGGCUUUCUAUUUGGCGCGGAAGGCGCGAGAGGCAGAGAGAAUCAAGAAGCAGCUGGAGCUGACACAUCGGCAGCGGAUGGAGAAGUUCAACAAGCACUUGGCUUCGCUUUCAGAACCUGCAGAAGCAGCUUUAAGUAAGUGCUGCUGCAUCCUAUUCUACCGUUACAUCAUUUUGUGUUUUAUUUCAUCUGUUUUCCUUCCGUUUCGCCUUAUCAGACUUCGACCAACCGCGCGUAGGCCCCGGCUAACGAAUGGCGAGGAAAGCCCACAUAUUCACCAGGCAGUUGGUUGA